AUGGAGAAGGUGAAAAAUAAUUCAGCAGCUGCCAGUCCACGUGUUCAGUGUGCUCAUUUUUUCUGCAGCCUGGCAUCGGGAACCGGAACGUUUGGCCCCAGGAGAGGGGGCCGGGACCCAGGGUGCCAGAAUCUUACAGUGCGGAGGCGACAGGCCAACGCAGUUCGUUCCUUUUCCUCCCUCCCUCUCUUCUUCUCCCCGCCACCUUCCUCCCUCCCUCCUCCCUCCUCUCUCCCCCCUCCCUCACCCCCUCCUCCCUCCGCGGGUUCUGGGCGUCCUUGGAAGGAAAGGAGAGUGGCCUCGAGGUCGGAGAACUGGCAGCAGUCAUGGCAAACAUCGCUGGGAAGCGGGGACAGGAUCCACCGGGAGGUUGAAACUCGGGUUCCAGGCGGCCUCUGGUGGCGAUCACGGAGGGUGUGCCUCCCGGUCCCGCCCAUCACCCCGCAGCCGGGGACCCUCGGCCACCUCCCGGGCGGACCACCCCGCCGGGGUCUGCUCUGGCCGCUGUCCCCCCGCAUCAUUUGCCACAAGCCCCUUCACUUCAGGGGUGCACGCGGGGCCAUCUCCGCUUCCACAGUGUGGUGUUUAAAUCCGCAACGAUCACAGCCCAGCCGGGGACUCAGCAGGGGACCUGGGCAAGAUGGAUGCAGGGAUUCAACGACGGCCCGGUCUGGCCAAGACAAGCUUCUGGCCCCUCCUACAGCGAUGAUGACAAUCUUAAAAUACCCGACAGACGAACGAGGAAGGAAAACCACCCCUUCUGUCUGAGAGAAUUGUGUGCUAAUGGCCUAAAGCAGUCCUCUGCAAUUUCUUUGGGGGUGACACUAAAGGAACAGAAGG